GGGCAGAGGACAAACAGGGUCUCAGGCAAAGGAGAGUCUCUAGAAGAGGAGAGUUCAGAUACAGUGAUGCCACCACUCUGUGCUGUUCUUCUGCUUUUCAGCAAAGUCUAUGGUCUGCUUGGGAAGAAUGUUAAUCAGCCUUACACGCUGGUGAGACCUCAGCUUGGAGACACUGUGACUCUCCCAUGUUUCCAUGCUCAAGAUUUUGUGUCCUGUGCCAGCUGGUUUAAGCAGCCUCUUGGAGAGAAGCCCCAGAUUGUCGCAAUAACAUUGAACCCUAAAUCAGGUGCUAUAUUGUUAAAUGAGUUUAAAGACAAUGAACGCUUCAGUGCUAAAGCAGCGGAGGGGAGCUUUAACCUGACUGUGUCACGAGUAGAGCCGUCAGAUUCAGCCACAUACUACUGCAGUAUUACGCGCUACAGUGGGAUCAGCUUUGGAGAUGGAGCUACUUUAAUGGUGACAGGGUCAGAGUCACACAACAGGACAGUAGUACUGCAGCAGCCCAAGUCUGAGUCAGCGCAGCCAGGAGACUCUGCGACUCUGCAGUGUACAGUACACAAUGAGACCUGUGCAGGAGAACACAGUGUGUACUGGUUCAGACAGGGCUCAGGAGAGUCCCCUCCAGGAUUCAUUUACACCCAUGGAACCAGGAGUGAUGAGUGCCAGAGGAGCCCUGGGGCUGUGUCUCCCACACAGAGCUGUGUCUACAACUUCCCCAAGAGGAACCUCAGCACCUCUGAUGCUGGGACUUACUACUGUGCUGUGGCCACCUGUGGGGAGAUCCUGUUUGGGAACGGGACCAAGCUGGACAUAGAGGGGAAACCGAAGACAGUCUCUUUCAUAAUUCUCAGCAUCCCUUGUGUGGCGUUGGCUUUGAGCCUGAUUGUGAUCGCCGCUCUUCUCCGCAGUUGGAAGAAACGAAAAGUUUGUGAGCACUGUACAGGUGAGUGAUGUUAGCAGAUAGAAAAGGCUGUGCACUC